UUAAAACUAUUUAAAUGUACCGACACGUUGACGGUAAAUGUUCGUAUUCCGACGUUUUCCACCCGUAAAGCAGAUGUCGCGACUCUGUUCGCUUUACGGCAGCUGACCUGGAACCUGAUUGGACGUUGUGUGCCGUAAAUCGCGUCAGUGGCAGAACGCGUGGGGAUAUUGCCGUGGCAGCGCGUGUGAGCUUCUGAAACGAUGGAGGCCAAAUCCCCAAAACCCUUUUCUCCUAAAGGUGGAAAGAAGUUCAGUCAGAAAGGAAAAGACUCCAUAGGGACCAAACUGGGAGGAAAACCAGGCGGUAAACUGGGCGGUAAACCAGGAGGUAAACCAGGUGGUUAUCUGGGCGGUAAACCAGGCGGUAAGAAACCCUUUAAGCCGUACAACAACGCAGAGAAGAAGAGCAGGCCGGGGCAGGGGAUUUAUGACGGCAAAAACCCGAAACUUGGUUUCUCCAAACCAAAUUUGGAGAAAGUGAAGAAGAGGAAAAUCAAACCAGCGAAAGAUGAAGAGGGCGAAGCUCCGGGAGCGAAGAAGGCGAAGAAAGGAGAGUUUCAGCCGAAGAAGGAGAUGACGGAGGAGGAGAUAAAGAAAAACCGUCAGCAGAUGAAGAAGGACCUGAAGAAGAACAGACAGCAGGCGGAGAGGAAGGACAUGUUCGAGAUCAUCUGUCACGCCAAACAAGUGUGGGGAAGCCUCCGGAGGAAGAAGUGUGACGAGGACGUGAAGAAGAAACUUAUGAAAGAGCUUCAUGAUCUGAUCCGUGGGAAAACCAAACAGAUGGCGUUUGCUCACGACUCGGUGCGAGUGCUGCAGUGCUUCCUCCAGUUCGGGAGCCACGAGCAGAGAAGGGAAGUGUUUGAUGAACUUAAAGAUGAUGUCAUUGGUUUGUGUAAGUCUCAAUAUGGCCGACAUGUGGUGAAGAAACUGCUGAUGUACGGGAACAAGGAGCUGUUGGCAGCUGUGAUACAAACGUUUAAAGGUCACGUGCGCACGAUGCUGCGUCAUUCCGCCGCCUCGUCCAUCAUCGAGUACGCCUACAACGACAAAGCCGUGCUCGCACAGAGACUCAUGCUCACGGAGGAGCUGUACGGCACCACCUUCAUCGUCUGCAAGUCCUCGGUGUGUAACACCAUCGAGAAGGUGGCGGAGGCGAACCCUGGAAAGUUGAACAACAUAAUCGACGAGAUGAAGCAGAGUCUCACACCCAUGGCCACAAAGGAGCAGGUGAUCAAGCACUCGCUGGUUCACAAGGUUUUCCUGGAUUUCUUCCUGUUCUCACCUGAGAAACCGAGAACGGAAAUGAUCGAGUCCAUCAGAGAGUCGGUCGUCUACAUGGCUCACACACACGACGGAGCACGAGUGGCUAUGCACUGUUUUUGGCACGGGACGGCCAAGGACAGAAAAGUCAUCAUCAAAACUAUGAAGACGUUCAUGGUGAAGUUUGCGACGGGGGAGUUCGGUCACCUGGUUCUUUUGGCUCUAUUCGACAGUGUGGACGACACCAAGCUGGUGAAACAAGCCGUGCUCUCAGAGAUCCUGUUGUCUCUGGACGAGGUCAUCAAUAAUAAGUACGGUAAGAAGGUUCUGUUGUACCUGCUGAGCCCCAGAGACCCGGCUCACCUGCUGCCAGAGAUCAUCAAGGUGCUGGAGAAGGGAGACGGAAACGCUCACAGUAAAAAGGAACCUGCCAUCCGGAGGAAGGAGCUGCUGGAGGUCGUCUCCCCGCUGCUGCUGGAUUAUCUCCGGGACAACGCUGGCACCAUGGUGAUGGUAAAGUCCACCAGCGUCACCGUUAGCGACAUCUUGGCAUCGGCCUGCGGGGACCUGAGGCCCGCCAUGACGGCCGUGGCUCAGCUGGCCAACGAGGAGCUGGUGCCGGGAGGGAUAGACGGUCGGCUCCACAUGGCCGAACAUCCUGCAGGACACCUGGUGCUGAAGUGGCUCAUCGAGCAGGACAUGACGCUGUCGGAGGCAGAGAAAGAAGAGCGGUUCGGCAGGAUACUGGUGGACACAGUGGGAACAGACAAAAUGAAGAGCUGGGUGAAGGUGAACAGAGGAGCCAUGGUUCUCUGCAGCCUCCUGAACAGCUGCGACAAGUCCGUGUCGGCGGAGGUGAAGGAGGCUCUGAGGUCCAUCACGUCCCAGCUCAGCAGCAUCACCAACAACAAAGGGGCUGAAAUCCUGUUGGAGAACCUGAACAAGUAGAGACUUUUAAUUUGAAACACCAACUGCUCACAUUAAACGUCCUGUCCAGCCCGACCAGAGUCAGAGGGAACAUUUUAAGGACGUGGACACAACCUGGAACACCGAUGGAUCAUGUUUGUGUGAAUAAUGAAAUAAAUGUGUUUAAAGGAAGACGAGAAAAAACGCUUCAAAUACCAUUUGACAUUAAACUGCCCAUAUUCUGUUGUUUGGGUUUUUCUGUGACUCGCUCACUGACCUCUUGUAUCGUCUCCGGUCAUUCGCAGGCAGGGGGCACCACAUUUAGUUUUAUACAUUUGUAGUAGACGGCUUUAAACUUUAAACAGCUCAAAUAUGGGCAAGUUCAUGUUUUAACACAUGACAUCUCACAACCUCCACAAAUACAAAGCUAAAAGAUCUGUAUGGUGAAUUAGAACCUAAAGACUUAUUUUCUGGGUAGUUUGGAUAAACUGGUCCUUCAAGUAGAACUCGUUAACCAGUGGUUAAGUGAGUGAGUCUCCACAACUUCCUGUCCACUGAUCCUCAUCCAUCCUGUUGUACGUUUCCUAUAAUAUUUUUUGUAUGUCAUGAUUGUAUCAGAUGAAAAAUGCAAAAUAAAUAUUGAUGAAACUGUUUAAA